AUGAUAAGCGUCGCGCUCAUGAGCGUCGUCGUCGAGGGGCUCUUCAUCCUCUACGUCUUCUUCGACCUGGUUAUCCGCGGCGGCCGGCUGCGCCGCUUUCUCUGGAAGCUCGGCCUGUGGCUGCUUUUAAUGAUGCCCGGCGUCGCCAUGCUCAACUUUGACUUUACGUCGCAGGUGCAGGUCGACGUGAGCAUGUCCAUCAUCCUAUCCACCUUUGUGAGCGCCAGCAUCUGGAUCGUCAUGUUCGACCCGGACAUUUCGCGGACCGUCACGCUGGUCCAGUUUGGCACCCUCGCCGCAUCGUGCGUCAUCACCGCGCUGACCAUUCUCGGCGGCCGCGGCGACGGCGGCUGGGACGAGAAGCUGGCGUUUAUGCUGCGCGUGCCCGGCAUCGUCGGCGCCUUUUUCGUGCGCUUGCCCUGGGACGGCCCGCGCAUCGCGAGGGGCCUCUGCUGGACGCUAAUUUGGCUCUGGGCCUCGCGCAUCGAUGCAGACGAAUACUAUCCGCCGGACAAUCUACAGUGGCUGAAGCGCACCUUGCAAGUCAAUGGAACCGUCUUGGAACUCGACCGAGCAAGAUAG